AUGCAUUUCACGACAUCAACCGCAGUCAUUCUCGGCUUUGCCGUCCUUGGAAGCUCUCACAUGAUAAUGACAACGCCCAUUCCAUACGGAAAGUCUAGCCUGACCAACUCUCCACUCGAUGGCAUGGGGGCCGACUUCCCUUGCAAACAACGCUCUGGGGUUUAUGAUGCCCAAGGCGCCAGCAACUCCAUGGCCCUCGGGUCUACCCAGCCUCUUAAGUUCGUCGGAGGUGCGACCCACGGAGGAGGUAGUUGUCAGAUCUCCGUUACCUAUGAUAGUGCGCCCUCAAAAUCCAGCAAGUUCAAGGUCAUUCACUCGAUCAUCGGUGGGUGCCCGAUCGAGGGUGUAGCAGGAAACAAUGGGGAAUCCGCAGAUUCACCCGAUCCAAGCACGUAUUCUUUCAAGAUUCCUUCCAAUCUGCCAACUGGCAACGCAACUUUAGCGUGGACAUGGUUCAACAAAAUCGGAAAUCGCGAGAUGUAUAUGAACUGCGCACCCGUGACACUCACUGGUGCAUCUACCAAGCGUGACGAGGAAGGGCUCGAGGGGCGCAACGCCACCCAGCUCGUCCAGCGUGAUCAAGCUGCAUUCGACGCACUUCCAGAUAUGUUCGUCGCCAACCUAGAAGGUGCAGGAGUUGGAUGCAGAACCGGCGUGUCCAUGGAUACGAUCUUCCCCAAUCCUGGAGACUCAGUGGAAUCUCUGGGAGGAGCCACGAAAACUGAUGCCGGCCCGCCAAUUGGUUGCUCAACAGCUGCAGGUGGAGCAGCGUCAGGUGGAUCUAGCUCUGGCGCUACAACUAGUGCUUCAGGCGCACCAACAUCCGCGCCUGUUGCUGGGUCUUCUCCCGUUGCUUCAGCCCCAGUCGCUGCAUCUUCCCUCCCAGGAGGAGUCUUCGCCGGCCAACCUGGAGGAAGUUCAGCCGCCAGCGCGGCACCGACCGCAGCCCCCGCAGCGUCCUCAGCCCCAGCCGCUUCUGAAGCAUCCCCAGCUGCUUCCCAGCCAGCCGCAACUCAGGCUUCAUCCGCAUCAACACCAGCAAGCACCGGAACCACGGGUUCAGGAUCGGCAAUGGCUGCUGGUGCUGCAUGCUCUCCUGAGGGAACGUGGAACUGCAUCGGCGGAACCCAAUUUCAGCAGUGCGCAAGUGGAGUGUGGAGCGCAGCUCAGCCAGUAGCUGGAGGAACGACCUGUACCGCAGGUCAAUCAGCCAGUAUCGACGUCAAGGCAGUCGGAGCCAAGCGUUCCCUUCGAAAAGUCCCUCGUCGCGCUCUUGUGCCACAGGGCUUCCACGCUUAA